ACUGAAACGAAAUCGAAAGUAAAAUCUGUCUAUGGUUAUUAUACAAGUCAAUACAAGGCUGUGGCGUAAACCUGUUGUAGAAAAUGGAGAAAGUCAUUAAAGAUAACAAACCUGAACUCAUCGAUUGGCUUAAAUCGGAUUCGUUGAUUAUUCUGCAACAUGUUCAAGCAAAGGGACUUAUAACAGCGUUGGAGUACGAUAAAUUGAAGUCUAUUACAAUUCCCAGUUAUAUGGUUAUUGAACUUUUGGACUUCAUCCUUGUAAAGGGUGAAAAUGCAUGUCGAGAUUUUCUGAUUUUGCUGAAAAAAGAUAAUGUGAAUGAAUUUUCUCCUGAACUCAGAAAAUGGAUCGAAACCGUGGACACUUCAGAGACAGCAAACACAGCUGGACAUUCAGGCAUCCAAGUAACAAGCAAAAUCUAUGCAUCUGGUGGCAGCAAUGUGUAUUCGCCUAAAAUAACUGCUGCAACUAUAGGCUCCAUUCAAAUGAAUAUGACUGUUGCACCCUCUGGCAAAUCAAAUGUGGCAACAAAUUGCCAAAAACCUGAUAGAGACUGUGAAAGAAGAGAAAAUGGUAGCAGGUCAAUACAAGAUUAUCAAAAGUUUCUAAAAGACAACAACAGUCAGUUGGUUCAAAAAGUGAAGAACAUUGAUCCAAUUAUUGAUGAUCUCAUUAAGUUCUUGCACGAUGAAUCAAUUGCAAAUGUGAGAGCGAAUCCAACACUCCAGAAGAAGAUGAGGGAACUGCUUGGCUGUGUGAACUGUGAAAGCAUAGCUAAGGCCAUCGUCGAUGCUUUGUUUAAGCAUGAAGAAUCUCUGAUGAAGGAACUGCUAUACUAAAGGUUGUAUUGUUUACGCACCAGUUUAACAGCAAAUGUUCCAAUGAAGAAAUCACAUUAUGUACUUUUAAAAAAAAAUUUUUUAACAGUUGAUUGGUGAUGAAAUGUUACUUUUCUUGUAUCUAGAAUCCAGGCUAAGGUUGUAUUUUUUACUCAUGAGUUUAACCACAAAUAUAACAGGGAAGCAUUGGCAUUAUGUACUUUUUUUCUUUUUUUUUAAUAAAUCGAUUGGUGUUAGAGUUUUACUUUUCUUGUAUCGAGAACUAAGUAUAUUGUUCAUAUAACCAAAAUUGUCAGUGGUGUGUGUGUAUAUGUAUAUAUACAGUGCCCUCCACAAAUAUUGGCACCCUUAGUAAACAUGAGCAAAGGCGGCUGUGGAAAUAAAUCUACUUUGUUUA